AUGACUUCAACACAACAACAAGAUUUAAGUAUCUUUAAGGAUAAUACUAUAGUAAGUGAUCAUAUAUUGACUUCACCCAAUUCAUAUUUAACUUUGAUUUCUCAUGUUGAAGGAACCCAACCCACUUGGUUGGUGAAUUCAUUGAUUGAAAGUUCACUACAAGGAACUUCUACUUUGGUUAAUAAAGAUUUAAACAGGAAACUUAUCAACAGAAGUGAACUUUAUAUGAUAUCUUUCCUCAAUAAUGAAGAUUAUUACGUCAGAAAUUGUAAAAAGAAUGGAUUAGACUUAUCAAGAGAAAGUAAAUUCAAAUUCAUCGAUUGUUUCACAGAUUUAUUCACUAAAAUCAUCACCAACCCCGAAAAUGCCAUUGCUGAUAUCGACAGACUCUUUGAGUCCAUUUUCAAACAAAUAUCGACAUCUAAAAGUGAUAAAAAGAUCAUAAUUUUGGAAAGUCCUGAAAUACUUCUCGCAUCUACCAACAUAUCAUCCAUAAAGUUGAAUAAUUUAAUCUUGAAACUCAAUAGAUUAUGUCGUAACCUUUAUAUAAUAACGUCACACGAUCAUCCUCAAAUAGUUGAUGUUAAUAAUCAAGAUAUCAAUGACCCAGCAUUCGAAACAACUGACUUCUUGAUUAAAUUACAUUACAAAUCCAAUGUUAACAUUCAUUUCGAACCUUUAACCACAGGAAGAGCCGAUGAUAUCACUGGGAUUCUAACCGUAUCUAAAGGUUCAUUGCCUUUCAAAGAGAGUACAAUCAGUAUUAAUGAAAAGAGUUAUACUUAUAAUGUAUCGAAAGAAUCCAAUAUUAAAAUAUAUUUCAGGUAG